ACCAGGGGCACGGCAGUGGCGGCGGCGGGACCGGCUGGAGCGGCAUGGGGAAGCAGAAGAAGGCGCGGAAGUACGCGGUCAUGAAGCGCAUGAUCAGCCUCCGGGAUGAGCGCCUUAAAGAGAAGGAUCGCGCAAAAGCCCCCGUGAAGAAGAAGGAGGACCCGAGUGCCAUCAAAGAGCGGGAGGUCCCCCAGCAUCCCUCUUGCUUGUUCUUCCAAUAUAAUACACAGCUGGGCCCCCCUUACCACAUCCUGGUUGACACUAACUUCAUCAACUUCUCCAUCAAGGCCAAACUGGACCUAGUGCAGUCGAUGAUGGACUGUCUCUAUGCCAAAUGUAUUCCAUGUAUCACAGAUUGCGUAAUGGGUGAAAUCGAGAAGUUAGGACAGAAGUACCGUGUGGCAUUAAGAAUUGCCAAGGACCCUCGGUUUGAACGCUUGCCGUGUAUGCACAAAGGAACCUAUGCUGAUGACUGCUUGGUGCAGAGGGUCACUCAGCACAAAUGUUAUAUUGUGGCCACAGUGGAUAAAGAGCUCAAGCGGAGAAUACGAAAAAUCCCUGGAGUGCCCAUAAUGUAUAUUUCCAGGCACAGGUACAAUAUUGAGAGGAUGCCAGAUGAUUAUGGAGCUCCUCGAUUCUAACCUGUCCAGUCAAGCCAUCAAUGCCAGGACUGCGAACCAGGAUAAGGGUCCUUCUGACUCUACCCUCCUCCUUCCUUCUUUUGUUGGAACUCUGCUCAUAGGACUGUGGAUAACACCAAACUGACUUCUUAACCUUGUUUUUCUAAGAAAAGGCUAUUUGGAAGAGUCUGGUUUUAUUCAUCCAUCCUCUGCCUUGGUCUGAUUACCUACAGCUGGGAGAAGCAUAUGGGAAACAGAGGGCAGCAGGACCAAGAAUGUGCCUAGCUCUGCAUCAGGACCAUUGGAAAAAGUGAUUUCAGCAUUUUGAAUUAAAUAUUGAUGAUGCAACUCUGACUGAGAAUGAAACCACAAGAGAUUUUAAAAGUUUCUUACUGCUGCACCUGGAGUAUACCUGGGAUAGGUAUUCCUUUGGGAAGCUACCUCACACCUGUUUAGUCAAAUCAGAAUCUACAUUCUGCAGAAAAGACAUCAGAUCUGCACCCAUUGGUGGCUUUCUCUGGAAAAGCAGUCUAGAUUUUAAUUCAGAAUUGAUAGGCUUUUAUUCAAGUGCACAGUGAAUGAAGUUUAUUUAAGUGUCCUCUCAGACUGCUCUUUCUGUACUUGGCUAGCUGGCAGCUCAGUCCUUCUGCUUACAUUUAGAGUGGUGGAGGGCAGGGCAGGGUUGGGUCGGCACAAGUCUUUCGCUCCUGUUUGUUUGGGUCCUCUGCACCUCAAAGCCUUAUCAUUUCUGUUAUGUAUCAGGGCCAAGAAAGAAAGUGCCUAAAGGGCAAAAAAUUAAUGUGGGCUGGGAGCACAGUCGUUGUGGAGGAGUAAGAACAAUGGUUGCAGAUCCAGAGACCUGCAGAAUUUGCUGCAGGGAAGGAAGUGGUCAGGGAGGGUGGGAGAAGAAAUUAUUAAGCCACAUUAAGAAAUGUAGGGGGAAAAGUAUUUCAAAGCCAUAACUUGGCAUUCUCAUAUCUCCUCCAUUAUUCCUUCAUUUUUAGCAAUAUAAUUUGCUCUUAUGAUCUCCACUGUGUGGUGCAGAGAGGGUCACCAGGAGCCUACCCUGCCCAAAAUGCUAGAGGUGUAGUACAGGAGAAGAUUGAAAAUUUAUAUUCUUGGUAUAAUUAAGAAAAUUUCCAAACCUUAGCAGAGCUUUAUCCUUUACACUGGUUUGGCUGCCGAGGUGGCCACAAAGGCCAACAGCAUCCUUGCCUGUAUCAGAAAUAGUGUGGCCAGCAGGACUAGGGAAGCAAUCCUCCCCCUGUACUUGGUGCUGGUGAGGCUGCACCUUGAGUCCUGUGUUUAGUUCCAGGUCCCUCAUUACAAGACAAGACAUUGAGGUGCUGGAGCGUGUCCAGAGAAGGACAAUGGAGCUGGUGAAGGGCCUGGAGCACAAGUCGGAUGAGAAGUAACUGAGGGAGUUGGUGUUUAGUCUGGAGAAAAGAAGGCUCAGGGGAGACCUUAUCACUCUCUACAACUACCAAAAAGGAAGGUGUAGGCAGGUGGGUGUCUGUCUCUUCUCCCAGAUAACAGGUGACAGGAUUAGAGGAAAUGGCCUCAAGUUGUGCCAUGCAAAGAUUGGAUAUUGGGAAAAAAAUUCUUCACUGAAAAGGUGGUCAAGCAUUGGAGCAGGCUGCCUAGGGAAGUGGUAGAAUCCCUGGGCCUGGAAGUGUUAAAGUGUGGAUGUGGUGCUUAGAGACACAGUCUAGUGGUGGAUUUGGCAGUGCUGUGUUAAUGGUUGGACUCAAUGACCUUGGAGGUCUCUUCCAACCUUAACAACUCUAUAAUAGCUGAACUUGGCUGUCUGUAUGCUGGACAGCAUGCAGUGAAGAUAAUUUCCUGUCUCUGGGAAAUGCUCUGACAUCCUGGUAACUUCCUUGCUAGCACCAUACCUCUACAGAUACUGCAGGAAACUUUGGGAACAUAUGAGACCUUCCUCUCAUGCUAUCUCUUUGCUUCUUGCAGGCUCACCUAUUAAACAUCCCUGAAAUAACAGCAUACUGACACUUUGAAAAUUUAGCCCCUUCCAGGCUAUCACAAUUAAAGUUAAUUUUCUCUUCCUCUAGGCAGGAAGUCGCCAACAACUGAGAGAUUUUAUAGUUAGUAUAUAAUACAUAUGUUUCAAAAAUAAUAUCCUUAGUUUUGUUCUCUCAAUCCAAUCUGUAUUUCUUUAAGCUAAUGAUAAAGUAUUGUCAUGAA